AUGGCGUCCACCUCCCCUACAAAACUUCGAGCUCUCUACCGCUCCUUCCUCCGCGAACUGCCAUCGAGGCCGCUGUCCGAAAAGUCUCGCUCGCCUCUCCAAGCACGCAUUCGCAACACAAUAGCUUCCAAGCCCGCCACCUCGGUCGAACAAACAGAGCAAUUCCUUCACUAUGUCAAGUCGCAAAGGAUAUACGCGACACUACUCGAGAGAUAUAAUCCGGGCAUGGGAAUGGAUGAGGAAGAGAGGGUCCGGUUGACAGCCAGAAGAGUGGGGAUGAAUUUGCCAGAGGAGUUUGCACCCGAGGGGUCAGACGGGAGUUCUGGGAACGGAGGUCAAAGUUAA